GGCCAUGAAAUGACAAGUAUUGGACUGCUGCUUGGUGUUUCUGCUGCAAAACUAGGCACCAUGGAUAUGUCAAUCACUCGACUUCUCAGCAUUCACAUUCCUGCUGUCUUACCCCCAACAUCCACAGAACUGGAUGUUCCUCACAACGUCCAAGUGGCUGCAGUAGUUGGCAUUGGCCUCGUAUAUCAAGGGACAGCUCACAGACAUACUGCAGAAGUCCUGUUGGCUGAAAUAGGAAGGCCCCCUGGUCCUAAAAUGGAAUACUGCACUGACAGAGAGUCAUACUCUUUAGCUGCUGGCUUUGCCCUGGGCAUGGUCUGCUUGGGGCAUGGCAGUAAUUUGAUAGGUAUCUCUGAUCUCAAUGUGCCUGAGCAGCUUUAUCAGUACAUGGUUGGAGGUCAUAGGCGCUUCCAAACAGGAAUGCACAGGGAGAAACAUAAAUCUCCAAGUUAUCAAAUCAAAGAAGGAGAUACCAUAAAUGUGGAUGUGACUUGUCCAGGUGCUACUCUAGCACUGGCUAUGAUCUACCUAAAAACCAAUAACAGGUCCAUUGCAGACUGGCUGCGGGCUCCUGAUACCAUGUAUUUGCUGGACUUUGUGAAGCCAGAAUUUCUCUUGCUUAGGACACUUGCUCGAUGCCUGAUUUUGUGGGAUGAUAUUUUACCAAAUUCCAAGUGGGUUGACAGUAAUGUUCCUCAAGUAAGUACACAAAAUAAGUAG